AUGUCGGCGUGGGAAGUUGAUGUGAGGGCUUGGUUCCCUUCUCAGACAGAUGCAUACAUUGGCGGCCGCGUGGUGGACAAGAGAAGAGCUGGGGACAGAGUUCAGCUCGUCUUCGAGUUAGACGAUGGCUCUCAACAAGUUGUGGAAGCAGACGAAGCUGCUUUGGCCGACUCCCGUAAUGCCUCCCUCCCACCUCUGGCCAAUCCGCCCAUGUUCGAGGCUGCCGAAGAUUUGACCAACCUAUCCCAUCUCAACGAGCCAGCCAUUCUGCAGGCUAUCAAACUACGAUAUGCACAGAAAGAGAUAUACACAUACUCGGGCAUCGUGCUGAUAGCCACCAACCCGUUUGCAAGAGUUGAUUCUCUAUACGUCCCUCAAAUGGUACAGAUCUAUGCUGGGAAACAACGUGCUUCUCAGGCACCUCAUCUCUUCGCCAUUGCCGAAGAAGCUUAUGCGGACAUGUUGAGAGACACAAGAAACCAGACAGUCGUAGUCUCGGGCGAGUCUGGUGCAGGAAAGACUGUCUCUGCCAAGUACAUUAUGAGGUAUUUCGCUACGAGAGGUGCUCCUGGGCAGGGCAAGGGAAGCAAGUCAAGAGCAGAUACCAUUUCCGAAACAGAAGAACAGAUCUUGGCAACCAACCCAGUCAUGGAAGCAUUUGGUAACGCUAAGACAACAAGAAACGAUAAUUCCUCCCGAUUCGGAAAGUACAUUGAGAUCAUGUUUGAUAAGCAGACCGAUAUCAUUGGUGCCAGAAUACGUGUCUACCUUCUCGAACGAUCACGUUUGGUCUUCCAGCCAUUGAAAGAGAGAAAUUACCACAUCUUCUAUCAACUGGUCGCAGGCGCGACGGAAGAGGAGAGGCAAGCACUGGCACUUCUGCCAGUCGAACAAUUUGACUACCUUAACCAAGGUGGUGAUUCAGUCAUCGAUGGAGUAGACGAUGCAGCUGAGCUCGCAGCUACUAGGAGGUCUAUGACCACCAUUGGCGUCAAUGAUACUAUACAGCGUGAAGUCUGGCGCAUGCUGGCUGGUUUGCUACAUCUUGGCAAUGUCAAAAUCACAGCUACGAGAACCGACUCCCAACUUUCCUCUACCGAACCCUCGCUGGCGCAAGCUUGUGAGCUAUUGGGCAUCAAUGCUGCUGAAUUCUCAAAAUGGAUUGUCAAGAAACAACUGAUCACAAGAGGCGAAAAGAUCACCUCAAACCUGACUCAACAGCAAGCCACGGUCGUUAGGGACUCCGUUGCUAAAUUCAUCUAUUCCUGUCUUUUCGACUGGCUUGUUGAGACCAUCAAUCGAGGUUUGGCUGCUGAGGAUGUCCUUCAACGUGUGCAUACAUUCAUUGGUGUGCUUGAUAUUUACGGUUUUGAGCAUUUCGCAAAGAACUCCUUCGAACAGUUCUGCAUCAACUACGCCAACGAGAAGCUACAACAAGAAUUCAAUGCACAUGUUUUCAAGCUUGAGCAAGAAGAAUACAUUCGAGAACAGAUUGACUGGACUUUCAUUGAUUUCUCGGAUAACCAACCAUGUAUCGAUCUCAUUGAAGGAAAGCUCGGUAUCCUGGCCCUACUCGACGAGGAAUCGAGGCUGCCAAUGGGUUCCGAUGAUCAAUUCGUGACAAAACUUCAUCACAAUUUUGCUGCAGACAAGCAGAAAUUCUACAAAAAGCCAAGAUUCGGAAAGUCCGCUUUCACCGUCUGCCAUUAUGCUCUAGAUGUUACCUAUGAGUCAGACGGCUUCAUUGAAAAGAACAGAGAUACGGUGCCGGACGAGCAGAUGGAAGUACUGCGGAAAUCGUCGAAUCAGUUCAUGCUUCAGGUACUCGAGACUGCUGUCUCUGUGCGUGAGAAAGACUCUGCUAGUGCUGCUGGCUCGAAGCAGGUUUCCUCGACUCCAGGCCGAAGAGUGGGUGUAGCAGUAAAUAGGAAGCCGACUCUGGGCGGUAUUUUCAAGAGCUCUCUGAUUGAGCUUAUGAACACUAUCAACUCGACCGAUGCACACUAUAUCCGCUGUAUAAAACCCAAUGAAGCCAAGGAAGCCUGGAAGUUUGAGGGUCCAAUGGUUUUAUCCCAACUUCGAGCUUGUGGUGUUCUCGAGACCGUGCGAAUAUCGACUACCGGGUACCCGACAAGAUGGACUUACGAGGAAUUUGCUUUUAGAUACUACAUGUUAUGUCACUCGAAUCAAUGGACCACCGAAAUCAAAGAUAUGGCUCAUAAUAUAUUGAAAAAGGCGCUGGGUGACAUCGGGCAUCAAAAGGCGGAUAAGUACCAGCUUGGUCUGACGAAGAUCUUCUUCAGAGCUGGUAUGCUUGCCUAUCUGGAGAACUUGCGGUCUGCUAGACUGAAAGAGUGCGCCAUCAUGAUCCAGAAAAACCUGCGUGCGAAGUACUACCGUCGAAAGUACCUCGAAGCCAGAGAUUCUAUCCUUGAUAUUCAGACUGCUAUUCGAGGCUACAUGGCCAGACAAAAGGCAGAUGAUUUGCGACAGAUCAAAGCCGCUACUACUAUCCAAAGAGUAUGGCGUGGUUCGAAGGAACGCAAAACAUACACCGACAUCCGAAGCAACCUCAUCCUAUUUCAGUCCAUCGCAAAGGGCUACGCUUGCAGGAAGACCAUCCUCGAAACCCGCUACAGGAAUGCCGCUGUUACCAUACAACGAGCUUUCCGAUCGUGGCGUUCACUUCGUGCUUGGAGAUCUUACCGACGCAAGGUUGUCAUUGCUCAAAGUAUGUGGCGUGGUAAGCAGGCUCGUCGUGGUUACAAGAAGCAAAGAGAGGAAGCUCGUGACCUCCGACAAAUUUCCUACAAGCUCGAGAACAAGGUCGUCGAACUUACCCAGUCUCUUGGUGCACUGAAAAAGGAGAACAAGAACCUCAUGGAGAAGCUCGACUCAUACGAAAGCCAGCUCAAGAUCUGGCGUUCCAGGCAUGAUGCUCUUGACAAGAGAGCCAAGGAAUUGCAGUCUGAAGCCAACCAGGCGGGUAUUGUUGCUGCAAAGCUCAGUGCCUUGGAAGAAGAACACACGACAUUACAGAGAUCGCAUGACGAGCACCUCGGAAAUGCAAAGAGAUUACAAGAGGAGGAGAAGAGGCUGAAAGACUCUCUCAGCACUUCCACUAAUGAGCUCGCUAAGUUCAAGGAGAUCAACAUUGGGCACGAAUCAGAGAAAACAACGUUACGGCAGCAGAUCAACGACUUGCAGGAUCAACUUGAAAUGGCCAAGCGAGCUCCAGCACCCAACAACUACCCUGUCAAUGGGGAGCCGUACACGAACGGUAACGCUGUGCAGCCCGCCAACGGCCUCAUCAACCUCGUCUCAUCAAAGAAACCAGUCAAGAGAAGAAGCGCUGGUGCUGCUGAAAGAAUCGAGUCGGAUCGCUAUAGUGCAGCGUUCAAUGCUAGACCGAUGUCAAUGGCCAUUGAUACACACAUGAAGACAUUGUCAGGCUCGACAUUCAACCCAAGCCUCGAUAAUGUUGAGAUGGAGCUUGAGAAUCUGCUCUCGCAGGAAGAGGAUCUUAAUGAGGAAGUCACGAUGGGCUUAAUCAAGGGCAUCAAGAUACCUUCACCAGCUGCCAAUCCUGCGCCUACCGAUAAAGAAGUCCUCUUCCCAUCUUACCUCAUCAAUCUCGUCACUUCAGAAAUGUGGAACAACGGCUUCGUCAAGGAGUCUGAGCGUUUCCUGGCCAACGUUAUGCAAUCUAUUCAGCAAGAAGUCAUGCAACACGAUGGAGACGAAGCCAUCAAUCCUGGUGCUUUCUGGCUCUCGAACGUUCACGAAAUGCUGUCAUUCGUGUUCCUCGCCGAAGACUGGUAUGAGGCACAGAAGACGGACAACUAUGAAUACGACAGAUUGCUUGAGAUCGUCAAGCACGAUCUGGAAUCUCUCGAGUUCAACAUCUAUCACACCUGGAUGAAGGUGCUGAAGAAGAAAUUGCACAAGAUGAUUGUUCCUGCCAUCAUCGAAUCGCAAUCGCUGCCAGGCUUCGUUACGAACGAAUCGAACCGUUUCCUUGGCAAACUACUGCCGUCCAAUAACACACCUGCCUAUAGCAUGGAUCAGCUUCUUUCGCUGCUCAACAACGUGUUUAAGGCCAUGAAGGCAUACUACCUCGAAGACAGUAUCGUCACACAAACAGUCACUGAACUUCUACGCCUGGUAGGUGUGACAGCUUUCAACGACUUACUAAUGCGCCGCAACUUUCUCUCCUGGAAGAGAGGUCUGCAAAUCAACUACAAUAUCACUCGUAUUGAAGAAUGGUGCAAGAGCCAUGACAUGCCAGAAGGCACUCUUCAACUCGAACACCUCAUGCAAGCCACCAAGCUCUUGCAAUUGAAGAAAGCCACACUUAACGACAUUGAGAUCAUCCAGGACAUCUGCUGGAUGUUGUCGCCCAACCAGAUUCAGAAACUGCUCAAUCAGUACCUAGUUGCUGACUACGAGCAGCCUAUCAAUGGCGAAAUAAUGAAAGCAGUAGCAAGCAGAGUGACAGAAAAGAGUGACGUGCUACUUCUCGCGCCUGUAGAUAUGGAGGACAGUGGUCCAUACGAAAUCGCCGAACCUAGGGUCAUCACUGCGCUGGAAACCUAUACACCCUCAUGGCUACAAACACCACGACUGAAGCGGUUAGCAGAGAUCGUCUCGGCGCAGGCCAUGGCACAGCAAGGAGGCGGCGACGAUGCAAUGAGCGAAAGUGACAUUUGA